CGGGGAUACAAAGCGGAUGAUUAAUCUGCUGCUGCAUUUUGCUUUCAUCCUCUAACCUUGCCGUUUCUCAGUGGUGUGUGUAUGUGUGUGUGUGGAGAGAGAGAGAGAGAGUGGCUUCAGGGGAUUGUGAUGAUCAGGAGGUGACAAACACUGCAUAAAAAGCUUUCAGAAAGGGAGGUGUGGAGGGAAUGUACAAGCCCACAGUAACCACGGCAGAAAAACCAAUGCAUAAGCCCCUAACCCCAAUGCAGCCCCUGUAGAGAGCAGCAUCCGUCCCUCUUGGACUAGAGAUGCCGGUGCCAAGGAAAGACAAGGAGGACACCGAGGCGGAGAAGAGAUCUCAGCCGGAGAAGGAGAUGGGAGAAGCGGCUGAAAACCGGGCGGCCACCGCUGGAGUCCUGGAUAAACUAUUCGGCAAAAGCUUCCUCCAGGCAGGACGUUACAUCAUGUCCCAUAAAUCAUGGAUGAAGACAGUUCCAACUGAGAAUUGUGAUGUACUGAUGACAUUUCCAGAUACAACAGAUGACCACACGUUGCUUUGGUUACUGAACCACAUACGGCUGGGAAUCCCGGAGUUGAUCAUCCAGAUUCGGCAUCACAAACACACCAACGUUUAUGCAUUCUUCGUGACAGCAACCUAUCAGAACUUGCUCCGAGGAGCUGAGGAGACGGGUCUGCGGAAACCAGUGAAAGAGGAGUUUGGGGGAGGGUCAAGGGCCUUUUCCUGUGAGGAGGAUUACAUCUACGAAAACAUUGAAAAUGAAAUCUAUUUCUUCACUUCUCAGGAGCGGCAGAGCAUUAUCAGGCACUGGCUCGAUAACCUGCGAGCAAAACAGGGAGAAAGCCUACACAAUAUCCACUUCCUGGAGGGGCAGCCAAUCAUUGCAGAGCUCCUGACCCGAGGGAUUAUUCAGCAAGUCCUUCCCAUCCAUGAGCAGCGCAUCCUUAACCGAUUGGUGAAAUCAUGGGUUCAAGCCGUCUGUGAGUCACAGCCAAUAGAUGAGAUCUGUGAAUAUUUUGGGGUUAAAAUCGCAAUGUAUUUCUCCUGGCUUGGAUACUACACAUGGUGCAUGAUUUAUCCAGCUGUGAUUGGCUUUGGACUGUGGACAUUUACAGAGUCUGACCAGACGAGCCGUGAUGUGAUCUGUGUGGCUUUUGCCCUGUUUAAUGUUGUGUGGACCACCUUGUUUCUGGAAGGUUGGAAGCGUCAGAGUGCGGAGCUUGCUUACAGAUGGGGAACAUUAGACCGGCCAGCAGAGCUUAUCGAGGAGCCCAGGACCCAAUACAGGGGUGUUAAGCGAGUUAGCCCAGUUACAGGUUGUGAGGACUUCUAUUACCCGCCUUGGAAACGGAGGUUGUUCCAAUAUUUUGUCAGUCUUCCUGUCUGUCUCUUCUGUCUCUGCGUGGUCUUCUUGAUCAUGUUAAUCUGCUUUGAACUGCAGGAAUUUGUGUCAAGUAUUAAAGAAUUGCCACGGAUAGUCAUCUAUUUUCCUAAAGUCCUUUUGGCUGUUGUGGUUACAAUUCUUGACGAUGUUUACAAGAAAAUUGCCUACUGGUUAAAUGACAUGGAGAAUUACCGCUUACAGAGUGCCUAUGAGAAACACCUCAUCAUUAAAAUAGUUUUGUUCCAGUUUGUAAAUUCGUAUCUUAGUCUUUUCUAUAUUGGAUUCUACCUCAAAGACAUGGAGCGCCUCAAAGAGAUUUUGAUAGUCUUCUCCCUGUCCAAAAGUCUUGUCCGUCAGCUAAAAGACGCCCUCCUCCCGUACAUUGUCCUCAAAAUCUAUCUCCUCCUCAUCUUCAAACGCAACAUGGCGACCAGGGUCUACAUUGUCUGCUUUCGAUGGCUUCAGUGCCAAAUGUUGGCUGCUCUUUUAAUAACCAGGCAAAUUAUCUUGAACGUGAAGGAGGUUCUGCAGCCCCUUUUCUAUGAGAAAUAUAAGCAGGGACACCUCACUCUUCAAGUGACAGUAAGGAUGCUGAGAAAUCUGUUCAAACGCUCACCAGAACAGGUCAAGGAGGUCAGGGAGAGUCCAGAGGAAGCGAGCGAACAAGAUCCGGAACAGCUAGACCCCAGCCAGGGCAACAGGAAACUGGAGAGUAAGUGUGAGAAUGGAGCAUGUGGGGCUCCUGAGGAAGAGGAACAGCAGAACGAAGAGGAAGGGGACGAGGAGAGUGUCCUGGACUGUGGCCUUCGCCUCUCGAAGAAAGUGAGCUUCGCUGGGAGUGGGCAGAAGGCGGUGAAAGAAGAGAGGAACUGUGAGAUGGAGGGAAUCUUGCAAGGGAUGCUCAUGGAGGAGGGGAGUCCUAUCCUGGUGGAGAGAGGUGCCGAGGGAGGACUGGUGUUUGAACUGUGUGAGCACGAUGCAAAGAUCGAGCCGGAUUACGGUGAUGUGGGGGUGGAUGGAAAGGAGCUGGGUGUGGUACUGAGACACAGGCGGAAAGACAAGAGCACAGAGCAAAGCGAGAAUACUGAGACUGCAGCCAACAGACUCUCCUGGAUGGAUCCACCGGAGGAUUAUGAAGAUGUUCCUCUCACUCAAGGAGAAAUUGAGAGCUGUAUGCAAAGAUAUGAGGACACUUUCCAGGAUUACCAAGAGAUGUUUAUUCAGUUUGGGUAUGUGGUGCUGUUCUCCUCAGCGUUCCCCCUCGCUGCGAUGUGUGCCCUCAUCAAUAACAUCAUUGAGAUCCGCAGUGAUGCUUUCAAACUGUGCACUGGGUCCCAGAGGCCCUUUGGCCAGAGAGUGGACAGUAUUGGUCAGUGGCAGAAUGUAAUGGAGGCUAUGGGAGUAUUAGCCAUCAUUGUUAACUGCUAUCUGAUUGGUCAGUGUGGACAACUGCAACGCCUUUUCCCUACACUCAGCUCCGAGAUGGCCAUCAUCCUCGUGGUGAUCCUGGAGCAUUUUGCGUUCCUCCUGAAAUAUGUGCUCCAAAUAGCAAUUCCAGAUGUUCCUGCCUGGGUAGCUGAGGAAAUGGCGAAGCUGGAAUAUCAACGGAGGGAGGCAUUUAAGAAGCAUGAACGUCAGGCACAGCAACACUAUCAGCAGCAGCAAAAGAGGAGGCAGCGUGAGGAGGAGGAGAAACACAGGCAGGAACAGAAGGAGAACAUGCAGUCCAGGAAGGAGAGAGAGGCAGGGAAGGAAGAGGGAAAGUCCGGUUCUUUGUCCUCCGAUCAGGCUCAUAACCGAGCUCACAGCAAAUCCAAAGCAGCUCAGUCCUGCCAAUCUACAGAGAAGCCCAAACGGCCUAGCUCCCUGCUGGCCUCCAACAACGUCCUGAAGUUGAAGCAGAUCAUCCCGCUGCAAGGCAAGUUCCUGUCAGGCGGAGGGAGCGGAGGAGGUGGGGCUAUCACUGCCAAGUCCCCCCAGUCGCCAACCGGCAGUGAGAGCAAGCUGCCAGGAUUUCUGAGCUUCAAAUUCCUGAAGUCACCAGCAGACGGGAAGAAGGAUGGGGCUGCGGAGAAGGAGAAGGUGCAGUCACCCACCAAGCCCUUCAACCCUGGCAAGCUGUUCAACUUUGGCAAGUCAGACACCGGCGUGUCCAGCUGCAACGGGGCCACCACAACCCAACCCAAAGCCGGAGCUGGCGGGGGAAGUGGCGCUUCCUCGUCUGAAAGUGGCGAGAAAGCUGCCAGCAAGUCGGACCUUAACGGACUCUCAGAGGCAGCAAACUCCCAGGAUCCCAACACACAUCCACCAGAGGAGUCCAGCAGUCCCAAACGUUAACACACAAAGAGAUUAAAGCAAAGGAUGUGGGCUGACAUAAUCUUCAUUUGCAGAAAAUUGAAAACUGGGCUGAAAAAAACUGUUUGAAAAGAUCCUUUAAAAGUUUGGCUUCUCUCGUUAUAACUUUAUACAUAUAAAAUUAAAUAUUCAGGGAUGGAAAUCUGUAUUUGAUAAACAGGAUACUCAUCAUCUUCAGGUUUUUUUAUACAACAUGGUUGGUGUAGACCAUUGGUUUACUAGAUACCAAGAUUUUUGGCUUUAAAUUGUCGGGAAAGCGCGAUGAAUUUUCUGUUAACCUUCCUGUCCCUGGCUGCACACUCUUUGUCAAUGUCGAGCCAUCUCACUCUGUAACCUCUCACCAAACCUGGGCCAGAGAAUCCGCCCAAAAUUGAUUCAGUAAAAAUUUGACUUCAAACAUUUUCACCAAUUAAAUGUACAAAACAA